GUAUGAGCGCAACUGUAUGUAUAGAGAACCUUUUCUCGGUUUUAUACUUUUUUUCCCCCAUUGUGUACAAUACGGCUCUGAGUCACCAUCUCUUUGUCUUGUUUCUGUGUUUUCAGAUGAAGUCGGAGGACAGAGUUCUGUUUACUGAGACCUACUGCAAAAUCUGCAAUGCGCAGUUAAUCUCCGAGUCUCAGAGGGUUGCACAUUACGAGAGCAAGAAACACGCAAACAAAGUCCGACUCUAUUACAUGUUACAUCCGGAGGAUGGAGGGCCUCCAUCGAAAAAGCUUCGCCCAGAUGACCCAGAAAGCGAUGAGACUGAAGUGGAUAAAAACAAAUGCUGCACCCUCUGUAACAUGUUCUUCACAUCUGCGAUUGUCGCUGAAUCCCAUUACCAAGGAAAGACUCACGCCAAGAGAGUGAAACUGGUCCUUGGGGAGUCUCCAGACAUUCCAGCUCGAGCGGAACCGGUGCAGGAGAAUCCUGAGCAAGCAGAGAUCGCCCUCCAAGAAGAAGAAGACACUUUAUGGAGCUUCAAUAUUGGAAGUGAAUCACGGAAAUUCUGUGACCUUUGUCGAGCUUGGUUUAACAACCCGAUGAUGGCCCAGCAACACUACGAGGGAAAAAAGCACAAGAAGAACGCAGCCCGGGCUAGGCUGCUACAGCGACUUGGGGAGACUUUGGACUCUGAGGCGCUGGAAGCAUUACGGAGCAGCUAUUCUUGCAACAUAUGCAAUAUGGUGCUAAAUUCGGUGGAGCAGUAUCACGCACAUCUGAAGGGUGCACGGCAUCAGAACAAUGCCAACAAUAACUCAGACGGAAGCAAGUUAAAUGGGCAAGGAAAUCUCCAGAAUUCCCCUGACGCACAAACGGAGCCAAGAAGCGACUUCUACACCGGGAACAACAUUCAGAAACAACUGGUUAAAGAGGGAAAAGACAAUGACAGCGGGAGAAGCUCUCUGAGCCCACCACAAGUCCCAGACGAAACUGAGCAGUGCUCUCCAGACAACAACUUCUACCCCGUCAUAAUGGGACAGGAAAGUCACAUUGUGUGCUGAGGACGUCCCACUCACGCGUCACACAGACUUGUUUUCUAAUGAGUACAGCACAAGAAAGGGCUUAGUCUUUUUUGUUUUUAACCAUAAGUAUCACUUGGAAGUAGCAGAUACACGUGCAUGGAUUCAUUUCCAGGCUCUCAGCCAAGUUCUACCACCAUGGAGACCUACCUGGGGGACAACUUCAUGGAUGUGGUUUAUUUCUCGAACUCUGGCAAACGCCUGCUCACCGGAGAAUUUUUUAAUUCUAUUUUUUGUCAUUUACAUCACUGAAUCUUGUGAAGGUGACCCCCCCCCCCCCCCUUAAGGUUCUACCCAUACUACAGAUUGGUAUCCUUUGAUGGAAGCUCGUUCACGUUGAGAAGAAAUGUUCUUAUUGCCCAUAGAAGGAAGAACACAAAUGUUUAGACAGGUCCUCUUUUUUUUCCAACUUUUUAACCAUCGGCUUGGAAGUCUACUGCGGAAAAGGUCAAAAGCAAAUCGGAUUUCACUUGCAGACGCUGCGGUGUGGCGACCCCACCGGCUGCGCAGGGAUUCUCCGAGAGGCAUAUGGGAUUGCUAGAAGUCUUUUUAAAAAUAAAACAUCAGAUGCUC